GGUGCAGCUGGCUGAGCCCCGAUGAUUUCCUGCCCUCACCCGGCGCUCACCACAGCUUCCUGCCACAGGCAGGCAGGCUCUGAGGAGAGGCGGGCGCGGAGCGAGGGGCAGGGUCUUCCAGAGCCAGCGCUGACGCCCGCUCAGCCCAGUGAGGGGAGGGGAUCCAGAGGAACCCCUGCCUUCAGGCUCUCAGCCGGCCGCCGGUACCCUUCCCGGCCUGGCCCUUGCCCGCUGCUUCUCUUUGUGGAGGAGUGUGCAGCGAGCAGCUGGGCCUGGUCCAAGCAGAUGGAGGCGGUCAGCCUGCCUGUCUACGUGCUGGGGCCCCUGCUGCUGCCUCUCUUGGCCGUGUUGCUGAUGGCUCUGUGUGUCCGUUGCCGGGAGCUGCCAGACGCUGAGAGCCCCAUACUCCAUCACCCUCUGCCCUCGUCACCCUCUUUUCCUGCCUCACGGGCCCUCUCUUCCCCAGGCUCAUACGACACUGCUGUCUCCGAUAGUUUGACCCCAAGUAGCAUCAUGAUCAAACUGCCUCCCACACUUGUCCCACGGCCAUCCACCACUCCCUACCCGCUCCCGAGCCAGCCAGACCUGCUCCCCAUCCCGUCCCCGCAGCCCCUCGGAGGCUCCCACCGUAUGGCGUCGUCCCGGCAGGACUCAGAUAGUGCCAACAGCGUGGCCAGCUACGAGAACGAGGGUGUGACUGGGACCCCUGUGGCCCCGGCUGGGAGGCGGCUAAGACCCGUCCUGGGCUCCGCUGACCCUGUGUCGUUACCCCCAGAGGCAGCCUGUGAGGAUGCGGACGAAGAUGACUAUGACGAAGACUAUAACAACGAGGGCUACUUGGUGGUGCUUCCUGACAGGGACCCGGCCACCAGCACUGGCAACGCCGUCUCACCGGCUCCUGCGUCCAGCAAACCUGGCCUCCGAGACAGCGCCUUCUCCAUGGAGUCAGGGGAAGAUUACGUGAAUGUUCCUGAGAGUGAGGAGAGUGCCGAGGCAUCUCUGAAUGGGAGUCGGGAAUACGUGAACGUGUCCCAGGAGCUGCAGCCCGGGGCGAAAACCAAGCCUGACACCCAGAAUUCCCAGGAGGUGGAGGACGAGGAAGCUCCGGAUUACGAGAAUCUGUAGCUGAACUGAGGGCCUGCGUGCGGCCGUGCCUGUUCUGGAAUCAGCCUCGCCUGGGAGUGCUGAGCUGGGAGGCUGGCGGUGGCUCUGCGGGGCCCUACUUGGCACCCUGCCCCGGCUGCGGCCUGACAAAAGCCUGAGAAUUUCCCCCCUAACUUAUUGUCACUUUGGGGUCCAGUCUCUGUGGCCCCCGAGCUCUGCACCUUCUGACGCAGCCUGAGAGUGAACCACCCCGGCCCCAGCCCUCCUCUGCCAGAGAAUAAAGGCUGGUGUAGUCUGAGUGCUCUUGGCUUUGGCUGGCCAGUGGGUCCGAGUCAGGGUUUGGGUGGGCUGUGUCUGAAGGCUUGUGUGGUUGUGUGAAUGCAUGUGUGUUUCUGGAUCUCCAUUCUCACAGGCCCUUCGUGCUCCCAAAGGUCCCGACCAGGUAUAUGUGAGUGACUGCAUGAAGCCUGGGGCUCGUCGCCUUCUGAGUGAGGCUGUUUCUGACCCCGGCUGGCACUCUUGGGGCUCGGACAUGUCUCCCCACAAUAGUCCUUGGAAGGGGCUGGCGACGACUGUGAUGAUGGGAGAAGGGGGUGUGAGGAAGCACUGGGUGGGCGUCUAGAGCAAGGCUUUCCCCACUGGCUCCCAGUUUCUCCAUCUUUAAAAUAAAGGAGUUAACUCACUGA